UUAAUCUUUGAUGAGUAAAAUGAAAUGAAAUUAAUCCCACGAGCGUAGUUAACACGUCGUGAUACCAGUGUGUUGCGGUGACAACAUCACAUUCAGAAUCAGAUCUCUUCUUCUUCUUCAUUCAUCCAAAUUUCUCAAUUCUUCUGUAACAGAUUCAACAAUGUCGAAACCCUACAUUCCCUUCCUCCUCCUCUUCUCCGCCCUCCUCCUCCUCUCCCCCUCCUCCGCCGAAAUCAAAUCCCUCACAAUCACCACCGACACCCGCCCCAUGAUCCUCUUCGAAAAAUUCGGUUUCAACCACAAAGGCCACGUCAACAUCUCCGUCUCCUCCGUCUCCGUCGCCCUCCUCUCCUCCUCCUCCCAACCCGAAUCCUCCCGCCUCGGCUUCUUCCUCCUCAACGAAGAAACCCUCCUCCAAGUCCUCAUCGAGAUCCAACAAAACCCCUCCUUCUGCGUCCUCGAUUCCCACUACAUCUUCCGUCUCUUCACAUUCCGUGACCUUUCCCCUCCUCCAUCAGCCUCCUUCAGCCGCUCUUACCCCGUCACUUCCCCUAACGAAUACAGCCUCUUCUUCGCUAAUUGCGCUCCGCAAACCUCCGUCUCCAUGGUCGUCCGCACCGAGAUUUUCAAUCUCGAUUCGGACGGCUCCAAGGACUAUCUCUCCGCCGGACAAACUCAACUCCCUUCAAUCUUCUUCCUCUUCUUUCUCGCAUACCUAACUUUCUUCAUCUUCUGGGUCUACACUUGUUCCACCAAUAAACACUCUGUUCACAGAAUUCAUCUCUUAAUGGCGGUUUUGCUUCUUAUGAAGGCUUUGAAUCUCAUCUGUGCUGCAGAGGAUAAGCAUUACGUUAAAGUCACUGGUUUACCUCAUGGAUGGGAUGUGUUGUUCUACAUUUUCCAGUUCAUUCGUGUUGUUGUGUUGUUUACUGUUAUCGUUUUGAUCGGUACCGGUUGGUCUUUUCUUAAGCCGUUUUUGCAGGAUAGGGAGAAGAAGGUGUUGAUGAUUGUGAUCCCUCUUCAGGUUCUGGCUAAUUUGGCUUCUGUUGUGAUUGGUGAGACGGGUCCUUUUAUCAAAGAUUGGGUUACUUGGAAUCAGGUGUUUUUGCUUGUUGAUAUUAUUUGUUGCUGUGCUAUUAUUUUCCCUAUUGUUUGGUCGAUAAGAUCGCUUAGGGAGACGUCGAAAACGGAUGGGAAAGCUUCGAGGAAUCUUGCGAAGUUGACGCUAUUUAGGCAGUUUUAUAUUGUUGUUAUUGGGUAUCUGUAUUUUACGCGAAUUGUUGUGUUUGCUUUGAGGACUAUUGCGGCUUAUAAGUAUCAAUGGGUGAGUAAUGCUGCUGAGGAAACUGCGAGUCUUGUUUUCUAUAUUGUUAUGUUCUACAUGUUUAGACCUGUGGAGAAGAAUGAGUACUUUGUUCUUGAUGAGGAGGAAGAGGAAGCUGCUGAGAUAGCUCUCAGGGAUGAAGAGUUUGAGCUUUGAAGCUUCUGGUUAUGGAAUUUUGCAACCAUCCCUUUUUUGUUGACCUUUUUGCCAUGGCAAAUUUGAUACUGUAUUUUUAUCUAGCUUACCCUUUUCUUCAUUGUUACCCUAUCCCCUCCAAGCCUUCAAAUUGUGAAGAGUAGAAAAAUGUCUAUAAAGGAAUACUCAAUACUUCCUGUAUGUUUAGUUUCCUUUUGUUGAUGGUGUUGUUGUUGAUGAAUUAUGUGGGAUACACAAAGCUUAUAUAUGUAUGUAUCUUGAGAAAUUGUACACUCAAUUAUAUUACUGAAUUGAUCUUUUACUUAUCAUUCGUAA